AUGCUAAAACCAAGGGAAAUUAUCAAUGGAAUUCUUCCGGAUUAUGGAUUCAAAGCAAGAUAUGCACAUGUGUGGCGCGGACUAGAGUCUGACAAAGAGAAGCCUCAAGUUCCAUAUGAUGAGGGUUACAAUCAGUUACCUAGUCUAUUAAUUAGGCAGAUUGUCGAGAACAAUCUUCUAUUUGGUGCAUUGCAAGCUUCAUUACAUGGCUUCAAGAAUGGCUGCCGCCCCCUCCUUUUCCUUGACACUGUGACCAUAAAAUCAAAAUAUCAGUCCAAGCUGCUGACUGUUACAGCUUUGGAUGGAAAUGAGGGCAUUUUCCCUGUCGCUUUUGCUGUAGCUGAUGUUGUCAAUGAUGAUAAUGUAGAAACUGAUGAAAACCAGAGGGAUUUCAGUUACUUGUGUACUGAAGAAGUUCUUCAAGUAAUUAUCACACAUUUCUAUGAUGCUGCUCGUGCAACUACACUUGAUGAUUCAGAAAAUCUAUCCAGAACGUCAAAAAUAUUUCACCAGAGGCUUGUGAGUGGAUCUUGCACAAGCCUCUUGCAAAGUGGACCUGAACACUGGUCAAAUGUUCUCUUUCAAGGUUAUCGAUAUGGACAUUUUUCAUCAAAUGUUGCAGACGCAUUUUAUAGUUGGAUAACUGAGCUUUCUGUUAUACCGAUUGCUAAUAAGAUGAUUGAUACCAUUUGCUGUAAGAUGAUGGAAUUGAUGAGUAUUCAGAAGUCGGAUUCAAGCCAAUGGUUGACAAAAUUAACUCCUGCUGUGGAGUUCAAAUUAGAACAUCACAUUUUGAAAGCUAACAUGCUUCAAUGCCAGUGUCACAUAGUAGCACUUUCGAAGUCUGACAGUUUCGGUGCAAUUUAUGUAUUGAACAAUGAUCUCUGGGAUUGUAGCUGUAGGGAAUGCAAUUAUGAAGGAGUUUUUGCUCGGACUUCGGAGUACUUCACGGUCCAUGCUUUCUGGUCAUCGUAUUCAAACUCUAUAAACCCAGUUGCAACAGCAGAUAUGGCUGUACAAAAUAAAUCUUCUACAAUUGAACAAGUGCCAAGGAACCGGACACAAUCGACAAACAUGCCAUCUAUUCUCAUAGUUGCACCAAAGUCGCGUCGGAUAUGUAAGAUAGCUGUUGAUAAGGCAAGAUCAGAUUAUGUAAUUUAG